GGCGGGCUGUGGCUGAGGCGGAGCCGGGUGGCCGGCCAGUGUGGCUCCAGGCGGGGCCGGGCUAUCCCGUGGCGUUGUCCCUCCUGGCGGGAAGGGCUGCUCUGCGCCCCGUUGCGCCUUGUGGGCGAGCAGGCGGGAGUGACUCGGCGGAGGUGCGAGCUGAGAGCGGGCUGCAGGUGGCGGGGAAAGCGGCGGCAGGAGCCGAAGCAGCGCCAUGAGCGGGACUGGGCCGGCGGCUGCUGCCGCUUCUGUCCUGGCCGGGAAGAGCGAGAAACUGGACGAAGCCCAAGCCUUGGCCCGCAGCUGCGCCGGGAGACCCGACUUUCAGCCAUGCGACGGGCUGUCGCUGUGCACUACGCACAGUCACGGCCGUUGUUUCCGCCUGCACUGGUGCUGCCACCUGGGCUGGUGCCACUGUAAAUAUGUUUAUCAGCCUAUGACUCCUGUAGAACAGCUUCCAAGCACAGAAAUACCUGUUCGGCCUCGAGGAAACACAAACACCAUUCAGAUAGCUGUCUCGCUCACGGAACAGUUUUUGAAGUUUGCACCUGUCUUCCAGCCACCGUUACCCCCAGAUUCCCCACGGUUCUGUACAAUCUCGGACCUCUUUAUUGACAAUUACCGUGUAAAAUGCAUCAAUGGGAAGAUGUGUUAUGUUCAGAGGCAACCUCCUGCUCUCCUCAAUAAAAUGAAGCCCCAGGAGGUCCCCACACGCAAUGCCUUAAUUUUGAGAGAGAAUAAUACACCAAAAAUCGAUCAUUGCUCUUCCCCCUCCAGCUCUGAGGACUCUGGGAUCAAUGCUGUUGGGGCUCACUAUAUGGAGUCAUGUGAUGAGGACACAGAGGAAGGGGCAGAGCUCAGUUCAGAAGAAGAUUAUAGUCCAGACAGUAGCUGGGAACCAGAUGAGUGUCCUCUUCUAUCACCCUCACAAUGCGAACUAGAAGUGAUUGAGACCAUAGAAACCACAGUGUGAAGUGCUGAGUUGGAAGCUAGCUAGGCACACACAAAACAACACUGGUUUUGUAGCAUUUAUACUAGCUUUUUCUGACGGGCCUUUCCCCCCCCCCAAUGCACUUGACACUCCACAGAGGAUUAUAGUAACCGUAUUUAGCCAUUUGUGAAUUAGAUGUUUGAUCCUAAUUGAACCAACAGCUUUGCAAGAGCCCUGUUGUAUAUUUUAAAAGUUAUCAUAGAUUUGACCUUUUUUUACGUUAUAGAUUGUGCCUGAUUUUGGUAUGGUGCACUUAAUUUGCAGAAAAUCAGGUCAAAUUGUGAGCUGCUCUUACUAGUUCCAAAUUACUACUUUGGAAUAAGGAUUCAGCCUUUCUUCAAAACACCAAAUGUUUGGUGAGCAAAGCUGACUCUACGAACAACCUAGGCCUUUUGUCACAAACUGUGGACUCAGUAUACCCCCUCUCCAAAUAACCUGCACCCAAACCACCCUUUUUGUCAGCUGCAGAGUAACUCGGGGUCCACAGCAUAAGCACAACACACCCUUCUUUAUCAGAAUCCUAUUUCCAGAACAAGAGAAUGACAAAGAUGCCUGAAUUUAAUCCUCUGUAGUAUGAGGUAUUACACUGCCAAUUGACCAGUUUUUGUUGGUCUUCAGUUUGACUUAAAAUGCUUUAAUUGAUUAAUUAAAGUUAAAACUGAGGUCAAAUUGGAUUUAGUUGCAAAAGAAUGGCAUAUAUUGAAGAGCUGCUAACCUGAAAUAAGUUCAUUAUUUCAAACUUUUGUUUUUUCUCCCAAACCAGCCAGAUGUUUUUGGCUGCCUUGGUUUGAACACACCCAUGGCAAAACUGAUUAUGUGACUAUGCCCUUGCCAUCUGCUUAUAGCAAACCACUGUCAUGACCCUGUGAUGUGCUGUUUCAAAAAGUAAACACAGCUAAUCAGUUGGAUGUUUGCAACUUCUGUGCCAAACAUUUAAUUCUCACAACUGUUUCUGCUGUGCAUAUGUUCAAUACAUGCACACCUGCACCUUUUCUUAAGUCAAAUAAUGCUGUGUAAAUUAAACCUGAAUUGAGUCCAAAUUAGGAUCAGUUUAAAAAGGACAAAUUCCAUGUAUGUUAGGUUCUGAAUAUAUCCUGCUGAAAGAGAGGCUGUCACUGUAAUUCUAGCUGCUAGAAUAUUUGGAUUUAAUAGAAGACCACUUGAAAAAGUAGCAACAAAUUAGCAUAACCUGUUUCUCCUUUUGCUGUGUCCCUCCAAGACACCUUAAAAGUUCUUUCAUAACAGAUAGAGAACAGUUGAAAAGUGUACAGUAGUUAAGACAGGUCUUUAAACCCUUUAAUGUAAUGGUGUCUCAGCUCUGGUAGUAUACAGCAAGGUCAGCCCCUAAAGAGAGAUGCCCUCUCAGUCAAUUCAGGCAUGGUGGCCCUUUGAGCUGUAAGGUUUUUUUUGGGGGGGGGUACUUUUAAUCAAAAAUAAGAGUACAGUUCAGCAGUCAUGUGCCAAUGGAUGUAUGACUAGCCUUUUCCAAAAAAUAUGCAGUGAAAAAUAUGUUUUCCUGACCUUUUUCCUUUGGCUCCAGCUCCACAAGAUAUGUAUUUUUAACUGAAAAGUUUUCCUGUAACAUUAGGGCUUUUGUUAAUAAAUAUAGCCCUUUUUAAAAACAACACUUUUGUUAAAUCACUUUCCAUACGUCUUGGUGAGAAUGAACAUAUAAAUAUGUACAGACGUAGAGUCAGUAUUAGAUUGUCUUAUGCUGUGUUGUCGAAUGCUGCUCUUUAAACACUAUCCUGAUACGUUACUAACUUUUCUACACUCUGACAUAGGCACUUUUUAGGAAGCAUUUAGAUUACAAUGUGUAUUAUGAACAACUACAUAAACUAAUAUUGUACUUAAAAAUAUAAAAACACCCUGAGAAGAAAAAUGAAAUACUUAUUCUGAUGAAUUAUAUUAAAAUGCAUUUCAUGUCAAAAAGCUAAGGAACUCAGUUCUGGGCAUCACAACCAGUAAAUCCUUUCUUAGCGUUUCUGGAGAUUUAGGACAUUCUGCUAAAAGAAAAACACUAGUUCAUAGAAUUUAUUAAAUGCAGGUAUUAUUUGGAGGUUAUUAAAGUGUUUUCUCAGGUGCUGUACUGUUACGCAUUCUUAUGGCAUUUAUAGCAGGAAGACAAUGCAUAAAAUGAUUGUCUUAAUCCUUAACUGUAAUUGGGGAUUGAAAUGCAUCUCAUCCGGCUGUGUUAGCUUGUAUUUGACUCUCGUGAGUGAAAGGAGUCAUGUUUUCUGACUCUGGCAAUAGCAGAGGGGGACUGGGAAAAAAAUGCAAAUUACAUUUGAGGUCAAAAACAGGGCAGCCUCUGGGUACACCUUUCGUUUCUUUACACCGAAGAAUUAUGAAAUUGUCUCCUCUUAGCGAGCUAACAGGCACAAUCUAACCAGGGCUAAGAUUAGACACAUAUAUUCUGAGUUGAGGCAUGAGGUAGAAAAAAAAAUCAGUACAGAUUUAUAGGGGGCACACUGUUUAUCAAACUGUUUAUUAGCAAUAGGUGCAUACAGUGUUAAUCUCUUAAACUUGUUCUGUUUGAAAGUCUUAAGCACAAUGGGCAAAGUCCUGUAAUGCCUGGCUUCCCUAGAGAUUGCCUGGGUGUAGCCUAGGCCAUAGCAGGAUUUGAUUAGAUGAUUUAGCACAUGAUGCUGUGUCUCAUCAUAAUCUCAAGGGUACCCUAUUGUUUCAU